GGAAGUGCACGCGUGCCUGUUCCGUCUGUUCCUGCGGUCCGCUGCUCCGCCGGCGCCUACUCCCGCGCAGUCUUUGUUCCGGUCUUCAGGCCGCCCGCCCCGCCCCUUGGCCGCCACCACUGCCCCCCGCCCGGCGCCAUGGCCGCUGCGGCCGGGGACGGCGCGGUGAAGCCGCUGCAGUGCGCCAUGAAGCUAGCCAACGGGGCCAUCGAGCUGGACACCGGCAACCAGCCCCGGGAGGCAUAUACAGAAUACCUGAGGAGUAUCCACUACAUCUCUCAGGUGUUGCUGGAAGAAGUGGAAAUCACCAAAGACGAUGGGGAAACCAUGCCCCCAGACACCUUGAAGAUGCUGAAGCUGGCAGAGCAGUGUCUGGAGAGGGCUCAGUCAACAGCUGCCAAGCUUGGGAAAGCAUGCCUGAAGCCAGCCAUGCCCGUGGCUGCUCCUGUGUCCUUGCCUACCAGUCGACACCGUCGGGUGUACUCAGAUGAAGGGGGGAAGCUCCUCCCAUUUCUGCCACCUGAGAUCUUCCAGAGGCUUCAGGUGGUCGAGUCUCAAAGCUCUAAGAAGGAGCUGACACCCCUGGAGGAGGCCUCCCUACAGAAUCAGAAGCUGAAAGCCACAUAUGAGGCCCGGAUGGCCCGCCUGGACCCCAGCCAGGCCACGCAGAAGACAUCGCUGACUCUGUCCCUUCAGCGGCAGAUGAUGGAGAACCUGGUGAUCGCUAAAGCUCGGGAGGAAACACUGCACAGGAAGAUGGAGGAGCGCCGGCUGCGGCUCCAGGAAGCCGCCAACAGGAGGUUCUGCAGUCAGGUCGCCUUGACCCCGGAGGAGCGGGAGCAGCGAGCGCUCUACGCUGCCAUCCUGGAGUACGAGCAAGACCACGACUGGCCGAAGCACUGGAAGGCCAAGCUCAAGAGGAGCCCUGGGGACCUGUCGCUGGUGACCAGCCUGGUGUCCCACCUGCUCAGCGUGCCCGACCACCCCAUCUCGCAGCUCCUGAAGAAGCUCCAGUGUGCGGUGUACCGGGCACUGUACCCCGUCGUGAGCAGGGGCGCUGCGGCCGCCUCGGCCCCCGGCUGCUGCUCCCUGCCCCCGGACGCCGACGGGCUGCUGGCACCUGGAAGUCGGCGGCUGCGGCCGUCGCAGAGCCUCUACUGCAUGCUGUGCCCCCCGGAGCCCAGCUCGGCCCAGCGGCCCGCGGACGGCCCCCCUGCCAGUCCCCCCACACCCCCGCUGCACCCGGGCGCCCCAGACAGAGGAGCGGAAGGCAGCCCUAAGGGGCCUCCCUCACCCCUGGCGGGCAAGGACAGCUCCUUUGAAGACUUGGAACAGUUCUUGGCUACUUCUGAGAGGUGGGGCCUCGGCGCUGGGGGGCAGCCUGAGCCUCAGACCCCAGGGCUGAAGGACGAGCCGUUGCUGGAGCAGCUGAGGAGCACCGUGGAGGACAUACACAACGCCAUCGGUGAGGGCGGGCCGCGCUCCCGCAGUGCAGACAGGCUGCUCUCGCUGACACUCCUGGCCUUCGAAGGCCUGAACACGGCUGUCUCCAAGGACCGCUGCCUGGCCUGCAUCGAGGAGCCUUUCUUCUCCCCACUGUGGCCCCUGCUGCUGACCCUCUACAGGAGUGUGCACCGGUCCCGCGAGGCCGCCCUGAGCAGGAGCAUGGAGCUCUACAGGAACGCACCUCCGGCCGCCGUCGGCAUCCCCACCAAGCUGCUGCCCCAGAACCCCGAGGCCGCGGGGACCAGCGCCUACCCCUACUGUGCCGCAGCCCAGGAACUGGGGCUGCUGGUGCUAGAGAGCUGCCCCCAGAAGAAACUGGAGUGUAUCGUGCGUGCCCUGCGGGUCAUCUGUGCCUGUGCUGAGGGUUACUACCGGGCCCAGGAGCCUGCGCUUGAGGCUGGACCACAGCCGGGUGCUGCUGCCAUCGGCGCUGAUGACCUGCUACCCAUCCUGUCUUUCGUGGUGCUGAGGAGCAGGCUUCCCCAGCUGGUGUCAGAGUGCGCUGCCCUGGAGGAAUUCAUCCACGAGGGGUAUCUGAUUGGAGAGGAGGGCUACUGCCUGACGUCACUGCAGAGCGCCUUGAGCUACGUGGAACUGCUGCCCCGGGGGGCCCUGGGCAAGUAGUGGAGGACGGGACCCUGUGGACUGUACCCUGUGGACUGUACCAGGAGUCAGCGGCACUGGGGGCACGGCAGCUCCCGCCCCAGCGUCUGCUCCCAGGGGCUGGAAGAGGCCGCUCUGUUGCUGACUGGACGGGCCUAAGCUGGGUCAGCCCCCCAGCACCAGGCCUUGCCAUUUCCUGUCCCCAGGGCAGAGAGGGGGCAUGGGCCCGGCUGAGGGCAGGGCUGGUGCCGCUCCAUUCUUCCCCUGUGACAGGCAGAACUCCCUGAGCCAGUUUCUGUCAGCCCCCUGCCCCCAGAGUCCUGGGGCCCAGGUGGUUUGAGGCUGUGCUGCUUGUUUAUUGAGCACUGACCGGGCCAUUCUCCCCUGGAGGCCCAGGUGUACCCAGGCAUCUGCCGUGUCUGGGGGCUCUGAGCCAUACUCCCACCCUUGGCAGAGGGCAUUGGACAGCCUCUUCUGGGUCGCUGUGAACCCGAGGGUCAGUGUGUGCCAGCAGCCCAUUGCCUGCUCUGACCCUCCAUGCCCCCGGCAGCCACUGACCUGGCUGAGAAUAAAGAGAUCACUGAUGUCUCCUUCCACAUAGCUGCUGGUCCCCUCUCCCUGGCUGGGAGCACAGCCACCCCCUCUACUGACCAGGAAGAGCCAGACUCCCAGAGGCCACUGAGGUCCACUACACCAGGCCUGCCCCCCAGAUCCUCUGCUCAGGAGUGGGGUAGCCCUGGGGCUGCACCCCCUGGGACAGGGCGCUCUGCAGGGUCAGAGGUGAACCCUGGGUCC